AUGCAGAUGCACGCUUCCGCCCCGUAUAUGGGGCAACAACUACCUUUGGCUAGCCCAGCACCGGCCGGCGCCGAAGCCUAUCUCGACGAUAUCUCUAGACAAAUAGGGUUGGCACAGCUUCAGAACAGGCGAUACUCGCCAUCAUCCAGCAGUCAUGUUCUUCAUGCCCACGGCGGCAGCCCCAUGCGUGUCUCCAAGCCGACCAGCACCAGCAACAGCCCCAGGUCUGCAAUGCAGGCAAGGAGAAGGACCAUGGUGAACGACAGCCUGAUCGCCCAGAGGAAUCAGCUUCUAUUGGAGCAGGCGUGCCUGCCCACUUCAACCCAGAACAUCGUGCCUGACAACUUCUUGAGGAGAUCUUCGCGGCCAGUGAGCUGGCACCCAUCUUCACAGCUUGGGCAUAUGCUGCCGCAACAGCAAAUGCUUCCGGCACAACAAACCCAGCACGCCAUGCCAUUAUCACAAUAUCCGUUCCCGACAUAUAACGAGGCGGACUUCUCUGCUCAAUACCAACAAUAUCUUCCUCCCACCCCCGCAGCAUACUCAGCAUACAACUCACCAACUGGCCUCUCCCCACUGGCCCUGCCAUAUUCGAACUUUCAGGCACCUCAGUACGCCACUAAGGACCUGUGGACCACGUCUGCCCCCAUGGUACCCAACACCAAGUCUGUAUCACCAGACACUGAGUGUCCUGGUCUGGUUGAGUCGACGAGCGCCACUGAGCAGUAUGCACCUGUCGCCAUCACUUCUCAAGGCACCUCUGCGCAAUGGAACCCACUUGUGCAGGGCGCUACCCCUCCCACGCCCGACUCUUAUCCUUCGAUCCCGGCAGCUGCAGAGCCCGUUAUCCCUUCGGAUGAGAGCAUCCCCUACCGGUCACUUGACGAGGAGGAGGAUGAAGGAGAGAUCCUUGUGGGUAUGGGCCUCUACGAUCCGCCGGAGAAGACCUUGGGUGACUACACCCUGAACGGCUUCCGCUCAUCAACCACUUCGCUAUUCGGUGGUUAUGAAAUCCCUGAGCCCAAGGGCAAAGGACUCAAGCUGGAGGAGACGUGGGUGCCUCCCCCACAGGAAGAAGAGGACGAGGAUGGAUCCAAUAGCGACGAUGACGCCGAUGCUGAAGAGCAGGAGUGA